CUUCCCGUGCUGCCCCUUAGGGGGGUCCCUGCUGGACCCGCGCCUGUUUCCAGCCCCUGAAAUUCUGUCUUUGCUGAUCCAGAGGUGGACCUUGAACCUAGCCAGUGCAGAGGAUCUGCAUUUCAUUCCUUAACCGACCUUAUACUCUAUACUGUGCCUUAAACAUGGAAACUGUAGACAUGACUAGUGUAUCACUGAAACGUCCUCAUUGUGAGGAUGGAGAGGCUAACUUGGAUGAAAUUAAAAGACAGAAGAUCUCAGAGGAGUCUUCUAAGACUGCAGAUGGUUCUGACCUGAAAAUUGAUACUGUGACUGGAAAAUCAAAGAAAUCGUUGCAUGAGGACACAAAAGAUGAAAUAAUCCCAAAUGAGGAAGGUGAGGAGCAAGAAAAUGAAGAACUGGAGGAAAGUGAUGACGAUGGGGACGCAGAGAGCUUUGCAGACAUGAUGAAGCAUGGGCUGACAGAGCGUGAUGUUGGCAUAACCAAAUUUGUUAGCUCACACACAGGGUUUUCUGGAAUCUUAAAAGAGAGAUACUCUGACUUCGUUGUUCAUGAAAUAGGAAAAGAUGGGUGUGUAAGCCAUUUAGAUGACUUUACUGUUCCAGUGGAUAAUGAGGAUCCUUCAGAGGAAGUAUUUACAGUUUUGUCAGAUGAAGACAAGCAACGUUUAGAAGAGCUCCAGCUUUUUAAGAAUAAAGAAACCAGUGUUGCCAUAGAGGUCAUUGAAGACACCAAAGAGAAAAGAACAGUUAUCCACCAAGCUGUGAAGUCCUUGUUUCCUGGGUUAGAAACUAAAACAGAAGACCGAGAUGGGAAAAAAUAUAUUGUUGCUUAUCAUGCUGCUGGGAAAAAGGCACUGGCAAAUCCAAGAAAACACUCUUGGCCAAAAUCUAGGGGAAACUACUGUCACUUUGUAUUAUAUAAGGAAAACAAGGAUACAAUGGAUGCUAUUAAUGUGCUGUCAAAGUUUUUAAGAGUUAAGCCAAACAUAUUUUCCUACAUGGGAACCAAAGAUAAAAGAGCAAUAACAGUCCAAGAGAUUGCUGUUCUUAGAAUCACUGCACAAAGACUUGCACAUUUGAACAAAUGUUUGAUGAACUUUAAGUUGGGAAACUUUAGUUACAAGAGCCAUCCACUGAAAUUGGGAGAACUGCAAGGGAACCAUUUCACAGUUGUUCUCAGAAAUAUAACAGGAACUGAUGAACAAGUACAACAAGCAAUGCAGUCUCUCAAGGAAAUUGGAUUCAUUAAUUAUUAUGGAAUGCAAAGAUUUGGAACCACAGCUGUUCCUACAUAUCAGAUUGGAAGAGCUAUUCUACAAAAUAACUGGAAUGAAGUCAUGGAUUUAAUAUUAAAACCACGACCUGGAGCUGAAAAAGGGUAUUUAGUAAAAUGUAGAGAAGAGUGGGCAAGGACUAAAGACCCAGCAGCAGCCCUCAAAAAACUACCUGUAAAAAGGUGUGUGGAAGGACAGCUUCUACGGGGACUUUCAAAGUAUGGAAUGAAGAAUAUAAUCUCUGCAUUUGGCAUAAUACCAAGGAAUAAUCGUCUGAUGUAUAUUCAUAGCUAUCAGAGUUACGUAUGGAAUAACACUGUGAGCAAGAGAAUAGAAGAAUAUGGGCUUAAAGCUGUACCAGGAGAUCUUGUCCUUAAAGGAGCCACAGCUGUUCAUAUUGAGGAAGCAGAUGUUGAGGACUAUUCUAUCCAUGAUGUAGUGAUGCCAUUACCUGGGUUUGAUGUUAUAUAUCCAAAGCAUAAAAUUGGUGAUGCCUACAAGGAAAUGCUAACUGUUGACAAUCUUGAUAUCAACAACAUGCGACACAAAAUUAGAGAUUACUCAUUAUCUGGAGCUUACAGAAAGAUCAUCAUUCGACCUCAGAAUGUCAACUGGGAGGUUGUUGCAUAUGAUGAUCCUAAAAUCCCAUUAUUUAAUACGGACUUGGACAAAUUGGAGGAAAAACCAUUACCUGUCCUUCCUAAAGAGGGUAAAUUCAGGGCCUUGAAGAUGGAAUUCUCUCUUCCUCCUUCCACUUACGCUACCAUGGCAAUUCGAGAAGUCUUAAAAAUGGACACGAGUAUAAAAAACCAGACACAGCUGAAUACUACGUGGCUUCGCUGAAUGAAUGCUGUAAAACUACAUAAAGAUUUUAAAAUAUGAAUGAGUUUUCAUAUUUUCCUGUCCUGUGCAAACCAUUGAAUAUUUUUAGAAGAAAAAAGUUUGUAUUUUUUUAAGUUUUUUUUUUUUUUUUUUUUUUAGCUUAAGCAUUUAAUUCAAUAAUUGUUUGCAAUAUGGGUGUUUGUAAAAAAACAAAAAAAAAAACCAAAAAAAAACUUAAUGCUUUGGCUUUUUUAAUUACCUGAGCCAAUAAUCUAUUUAAGCUCUAGCACAACUACAGUUUAAGAAGAAAUGGGCUUAGGACAGCAAUCUCAGAUUUUUGGAAAUACUAAAUUGCUUUUCUCUUUAUAAGUACAGAGAGCAUUGAAUAUACUUUCAUCAGUUCAGUACAGAAUAAAAGUCACUGCAAGCAUGCUAAUGUUACAGAGAAGAAUUAUUAAAUACGAUUGAAGAAUUAAUAUUUAUUUCAGAGGAGUACAUUUGAGUAGCGUUGGAAUGCCAGUAGCAUUUGCACUGAUUGGUAAAUGAAUCGAUUGGCAAAACUUUUCAUUCCUUUUUAUGUGAUGUAAACAGAUACAGCUAUUUUUAAUUAUUUGAGCUCUAAAUUUUAUUAUGAAAAUAUUGUGCAUGUUUUCAUCUCUAAGAGUACCUGUACAAAAGAACAGGUAACAAAAACAAAUUAACCAAAAAGUCCAGAUGAGUAUUCAUGAAUAACAGCUAAUUCCUGGGCACCAGAAAUUUGGUGGGUCCAUUGCUGGCAGUGGAUGAGCUGGGCAAAUCCAAUCUCCCGGCACCGGAGGAUUAAAAAGCCAUUCUAACAGCAGUUCUGUUGCAUUUUCGAUGUUAUAAUUUUUAAAAAACCAACAAAACACACUUGUUUUCUGCUGCUUGAAUUAAUAAAUCGUGUAAAUA